AUGUUUAGCAACACGUUACGAUACCGCGUGGUCCGUCAAUACGCCGAUUACGUCUUACGGCGACGGGAAGAUGUGCCCUUGAUAGACAAUCCAGCUCAGCGCGGAUGGACGAAAGCGCGCACGGGAGGGUUGUGCGAGUCCGGCUUGAUAGAAGCGUCGUUCUCUAUGGGCAGAUGGAGCGUGAACCGGUUCCAAACCGUUAUGCAUACUCUGCGGGAGAAGGCAUAUUCACGGCUGCUUCCCAACGAUUUUGCCACGGCGUUGGAAAGUUUGGGAUGGGCUAUACUUUCAAAUACUGCGGCGGACGGGGAUACGGAAGAUGAAGAAGCGGAUUCGCAAUUGUGGACUCGCUAUUCAAUUGCCAUCGAAAAUCGCAGCGGGCCCCUCCCGCAACCUACGGAUCCGGAGUCUAUCAUGCUGCUGAUGGGCAUGCGGAGCACUGGACUGGAGUAUUUUCAGGGCGAGGUGGAAAAGAUCAUCAGUACCUUGGACAACCCAGAUCUGGAGGCGGCACUGUACUUUCUGACGAAAUAUCGAGCGGCGGGGCAACUUCUGGAAUUCGUGGGACCAAUGAUUAUCGAUCGAAUCCCAGAGGAGCGACGGAAGCGGGAGGUGUUUCCGCGCCUCAUGGUCUUGGCGGUGCUGAAUGCAGAUUCCGUCGGAGCGGUCAUGCUCAACACCAUCGCAACACUAUGGGCGGAUUCGAUCACCUCCGAAGCUGCGAACUCCGCACUCGAAUAUAGUGCGCACUUGCAGCGCCCAUCAUGCUCUCGGUUGAUAAUCGAUCAGUAUGGUGAAUUGCUCACGGCGGAAGGGGUUGUGGCAGCGAUGAUUCCCUGCUGCGCCCGUGGUGUUGAUCACUUGAUUGCGGUUCUCGAGCUUCUGAUCAUGGACAAAUGCCAGCAAUUGACGGAGAAGAAUCUUCGAGAGGGCGAAAAUGGCCCGGUCAUAUACGACGAGACCGUCGAUGCAAUCGGCCAAAACGACAGCGCGGCUGCUUUCGCCGUCUUAGUCCCGCCAUGUGCAUACCUUUUCCUGGUCCUUGCCGCCGCGGGCGGAUACUCCCGACCGGACGUAGUAGCCGAACUCAUCCAAUUCUACGAGGACCCCUGCGCGGCCCUCCUCGAAGGCCGGGUCACCCAAGCCGAACACGCCCGUUUCGUGCGCGACCUCUUCCACCUCGUCUGCGCAUGCAACUUCACCGCGAUCGUCUGGGCGCUCAUCAUGUCCAAAUGGCAUCCCCACGAUACCCGCGGCGCACUGAAAAAUGCGAUUGAUGCUGGUCAUCAGAGCAUGGUGCAUAUACUGUUGGACGCGCUGCUUAUACCCGAUAGUCGUCUGGACAUCCCUGCCGCGUCUGUACCGGCCAUCUUCCGCAAAUCGGAGGCCGUCGCGCUUCUCCCGCUUGUGGCGCAACGGUUUCCUUCAGAGGUGUCGUGGUUCCUCACCGUGCUGUCGAGCUUGCCGAUACCGGGAUGUAUACCCUUGGGCGAGAACCAGGAGGCGCAGGUGCGCUCGGCGGCCAUCACGGGCACCCGUCUCGGUCUGGCCACACUAGCCGAAGUCACCGGCCGAUCCCCCGACCUCAACCCAAUGAUGAUGAUCUGGAGUCGGUUGAACACCCCCGCCCAACUGCGCGGAACGGCGUUAGGCCCCGGCGGAGCGCCCGCAGCGGAAUGCGUCAUCUGCAUGGCGCCCGAAGCCUUCCUCACCGAGCCGGCAGCGCUGGACGGACGGAAAUCAUGGGUCCGGCAAACGAGCCCGUUCAUCCGGUUACUCGAGACUGGAGAGGAGGAUAUCAUUCUCCAGCCGAUCAUGCAGGCGCUGAUGGAGUAUCAUUGGACGCAAGGGAAAUUUUGGUACCGCUUUGCCGCGCAUAUCAUCUUAUCCCUCGGCUUCUUGGGAUGCAUGUGGGCGAUGUUCGAGUCGACCGUGCGGAGAGACCUGUACGGGAUUGGCACCAACCCGGCAAGCGUAAUACCAGUCACGGUCGUAACGCUUAUGUUGUCCGCGCUAUUCAUAACGCAAGAGUGUCGCGAAUACAUGGACUCGCCAUACAACUAUAUCCGGUCCUCGAGCAACCUGCUGGAUCUGGUCAUCUACCUCUCCACGGUAUACUGUGCCAUUCAAGGCGUCUUCCGAGAGCAGUACGUCCCGCCGCUGCUGUUGGGCAUUACGCUGGUGUUCUAUUGCACUCGUGUGCUGAUGCAGCUGCGGAUCAUCCCGUCGAUCGGGCCCAUCAUACGGACGUUCGUGUCGGCGACGAAGGCGAUCUUCCCGGUUUUGGUUCCGUUUGUCGUGCUGGCUAUUAGCUUCGCCGGGGCGUUUCAUUUGAUUCAGAUGCAGUUUAUCUUUGCGUCGCCGACUCAGGAGACGUGGCAUUUUAGGACGAUACCGGAUUCGAUACAGAGUGUUUUGACUAUGACGUCUGGGGACUACAGCGUCUUGGACUAUUCAACAAACUCUCAAGUCUUUUUCCUCCGUCUCCUCUUCCACCUGAUCUUCAUCAUCUUCCUCAUCAACCUGAUCAUCGGUUUGAUGACCGUCAACGUCGCCAACAUCACCACAAACGCAACCAGCGCCUGGCUCGUAGAGAUCGCGCAACUCAUUGUCGAACUCGAACUCUACUGGCCAUGGCCCACCCACUAUCGCAAACGCGAUUUGGCGCCCUUGCCUUCCCAGAGGGGUGGGAAAAGGCAGCCCAAAAAGGGAUCGAAAUCGUCAGAACCGCCACUACCGGGGCCUGGAAAAUCCGGCGGUCCCCGGCCGCCAUCUUCGAAGCCUAGAUUCAGCUACUGGAAACCAUGGACAUGGUCCUCCCACCGCGGUUUAAAAUCCAAGAACAAGAUUAGGCCAUAUGACGACCUCCCGCCGGACAUCACCAUCACAGCCAUCAUGAGCCCCGAGCAGCAGCAAAGCAUAGAGAGCGUGAUCGUCGAGUCGGAGCCGGUGGUGACCGAUGCGCUGCGGCGGCGGGUGGUGCUGUACACGUGUCCGGAGGAGCAGGUCGCAUUGACGAGCUGGUGGAAGAAUGCGGCGACGAAUGCGCGGACGGCGCAGGAUCGGAAGGAGAAUAGAGGGGGUGGGGGUGGCGCGCCGGAUCUGUUGCGGCAGGGGGCGAGUGUGAGACACAGUUUUCAGUCGUUGCGGGAGGAGUCGAACGCCGUUAGCGUCUUGAACCUGCGGGGGGAAAACUCGCGCAAUCAGAAAGUGGCGUCGGUGCCGUCUAUGGUCGGCCGGUCACAGACUUCGCUACCCCCCGUACCUUCCGCUGCGAACGCAAUGACGGAACAGUCACUAACUGCGCCCAUCGCGAACAUGGACAUGAUGACGACGUUCUUGGCGGAUCCGAUGAUGAAUAGUCACAUCUGGGGCGGAAACUCCCGGAUGGAGGAUGUGUUGACGGACCAAGAUGAGCAGAACAUGUUUUCAACCGUGCGCAAUCGUCGAUCGUCGAAGAUGACGCGGAGAAGCUCGAAUAAUGUCUCGGCGUCCAAUCUGGCUGGAAGGGGAGACAGCAGCAGUCAACUCCAUCAGCAGCAGCAGCAAAUACGACGGCAGUCAUCGGGGUUAGGUCUCCCCACCGCAUCCGUCAAAGAGCUCGGCGAUCAGUUGAACAGCAUGAAGGAAGCAGUAGCUGCUCUUGAGCGCACGCUCCGGACCGACUCGCGAAACCAGCGCGAAAGAACUCGGAGACUCGAACUCUCCCUCGACAGCGACCGUCAAAGAUGCGGGGACGCGUCGGCGGCCACGGCACGCGAAGUCCAAGCACUGUCCCAAGAUUUGCGGCUAUGGCUGGGCAUGACGGGUACCAGCGGGAAACAUAAUACCAGUUCAAAGGCAUUGCACAGACCGAGCCAUUCGACAAAAUCGGAGAACUUCCUGCGGAGGAUCCUACCCAAACGGACCCCUACGGAGUCAAGAUCGCUGUCAUCCUCCCACGGAGAUGAUCCCGCUGACUACCAGGACACGCCAGAAGGGCCAGAGGACCCAGAGGAACCAGAGGAACAUAAUCACGAGUGA